ACCCACACACUGGGUGAAACUCUCUAGAUCACUUGGUCUAGUUUUUGCUUAUUAAGUAGGCUACAUUUGGUAUGAAUGUUAAUGUGUUCCAUUUGAUAAUCUCAUAACUUCAUUGUGACUUUUGUUCAAUAAAUACAAUGGACGGAAAACAUUUGCUCUUGUUCAAUUUUAUUUAUUAGCCGUCGCAUCGCCAUGCAGUUGCUGUGAAAGUAGGAAAAAUAACAUUAUUUCAGUAGUCAGUCGAGCUUCACCAAAGAAAAUCUAAAAAUAGCCUACCCUCUCGAGGAGCUGGAUCUGGAUCUUCAAUUUUUUUUUCACAAAGACUUUGAUGUCGUUGUCCAGCUCCAAGUUGCGCUUGUACAGCGCCCUUAUAGUGUCUGUUCCAAUCUAAAGGAAUUAUGGGUUACAAUCGUAAUUCAGUUACCAUGAUCAAAGCCUUGUGGCGCACCUUACAAAAGGAAUAACCUAAAUAAAAACCUUGUCUGUCCCUCGAGAAGGCCUUGAGAAGGUUGAGGUUGAGGUUGAGAUGGAUGGCUCAUCCAAUGCCAUUUCCCUCUAUAGAAUAAAUGAGUCAUGUGAAACAGUUACAGCACUGCUCGGUUGAGUUUCCCCAUUGCGAUGGCUCUUUAGAAAGUUCAAAGAUGGCCCCACGUUCAACGUACAUUAACCUUGGUUAGUCAAGUGCUGUGUUGUCCAUUAUCCCUUACAUAACCGCUAUGUCAGUGACUCAAUUAGGCCUAGGCAUUUUUUAAUCUACAAAUUCAUAUUAUAGCUGUGAGAAUUGUUACGAAAAAUCACCUCCAUAGUCGCCCUGGAGUCACAGGCCGACAGUGUUUCCUGCAAGAAUCAGUGACACCUAUUAUAGGACAUUCUUUCAAAAAAAUUAAACAUUUAGAAGAAUACCUGACACUGCUUUGAUAGUUGUAUACCUCUGAUUGGAGAUUAAUUGUCGGCGGCUUCUCCAAAACAAUGUUUGUACCUUCAACUAAAAAUGAAACGAUUAAUUUACACUCAAUCAUUUCACAUUUGAUUAGCAAGACAAUUAUUUAUGUCCAUUGCCAAUACAUGAAUACAUACUCGUUACAAACGCGUUCGAUGUCGAGGCAGUGGGGUCAGACGACAUCCCCCCAUCCACUCCUACCAUCAUUGGCCGACCUUUGUUGUUGGCGAGAGCCAACUCCUCCGAGAUGGUGAAGGGCGGUGGAGCGGUCCCCCUCCCAGUCGUAUUAAUUUUUGUUUUCUUUUUAUUUGCUACAGGUAAUCAACAUGAGAUUAAAGGUUGGAGCCUAGGCCAAUGCAAAUCAUAGGCUAGAUUCACCUGAAAUUAUUAAAAUGGAUGCUUACAACUUACCACAUUGAAUUAUUUUUUAUAUUUAUUUAUUUUAUUUUUUAGACAAUAUGCAGAAUCUUUUCACUUGCGCAUUAACACGGUCGGCUAUUUUUUGCCAGCACGCAACCCUAGCCUUAUUAUGGGCAACCGUGUUCCCCUUGGCUGUAAUUUGUUGUUUAAAUUCCUCGUACGAAUUCAUAAUUAUGCAUUGCUCGUCUUGAGUGAAAUACACCGCUCUUGCUCGAUCCAUUUUGCAGAAGUGAGUCAAAUGAUGCAAGAAACGCCCCUUUUAUGUGAACGCUCAGGCCACGUUUAUACGUAGCAGGGUAUUUAUAGAAACAAAUAUUUCCCCCCCUCCGUUUUCAAAAAUAACAUUGUGCACACAACAUCGUUUUCAAAAAAGUUGUCGUUUACAUCAAAACGGAUAAAUACGCCGUUGGGACAUUAUAACUAUGCCAAACCUAUGGGCGGCAGUGUAGGGAGAAGGAUAAAGCCAUGCAAGCCAAUCAGAAUCCUCAGAAUCAACAACAACGAAUAACACGAGCGUCUUCCUGUAACAAACAAACUGUAAACAUAGGGCGCUCAUAUGACGUUAAGCAUUUCCUGGCGCAUAAUGUGACGUUACAGAACCUAAAACCCCGUUUCUACCCGUUGACACGACAACACGUAACCGGCGUUUUCAGAAAUCUCCACUUUGGCCGGAGUUUUUAGAAAUGAUCGUUUUCUGUGACAAAAACAGCGUUUUCGUGUAAAUGAGAGGCCAAACCGUGUGAAAAUAUCUGCGUUUUCCCUUCGUGUAAACGGGGCCUCAUUGAACCUAAAGCGGAAAACCUGGUUCAACUAAUUGAAUCUAAAGUGAGCUUCGUGGUACCACUUAACUCUGAUUGCGAGUUGCGGCUCUGUCGAGCCAGGUUUUCCUAAGAAAGCCUGGGUAUGUUCAGCGAGCUUCGUGGUAUAGGGCACAAGUCCAUCCCAACUAACUCCAGUGGGUGGUCAACCUGAAAAUCACAAAAUGUAUAUCAUUGUUAUCAAAAAAUAAGCAUGGUUGUUGUUUACAAGUAUUCAGUCAAAUGAAAGGCUUAGUACAUACAUGGAUUGGGAUAUAUUCUGGCUCCUUUUUAAUGGAGAGCCUGGUGUAUUGGCAUUUAGCACACUGUGAAACCUUGGGCCGUAUUCACAUAGGAUCUUAGGGCUAAAAGUAGGUCCUAACUGGCGAAUUUAGGAGUAACUCCUAAAAAUAAUGGGCGUGUCACUCUUAAAUUUAGGUAAGUAUUUUAGGCCUAAAAGUAGCACCUAAGUCUAGGAGAGCUUAAAAGUCCUCGAGAGGACUCCUAACUCACUAAGACCUAUUCACAAAGGAUCGCAAAAUGGCUGCGAGACGAAAUGUGUGGGAGACAAUGGAAGACUGAGUUGAUAAAGAGAUAUAGGCUUAAUCGUGAGGGCAUUAAAAUUGUUGUGGAGUUAGUGCGGGAUGCAAUAACAUCCCCGACUAACAGAAACAAUCCAAUUAGUCCCGAAAUAAAAUGUUUGGCAACACUGCGCUAUUUAGCAACAGGGAAAAUGCAACUUUGCAAUGCCGACGAUUUAGGAAUAUCGCAACCAUCAGUCAGCCGUGCCAUAAACCAAACCAUCAACGCGCUCUCUAGACCACAUAUAAUCCAACAGUUUAUCCGGUUUCCUUUGGACAUUCAACAUUUACACAGGAUCAAAGCCAACUUCAUGGCAAUUGCAGGUAUGCCCGGUGUGGUCGGUGUUAUUGACGGGACGCACAUAAAAAUAAUCGCGCCAUCAAAUGACGAGGACGCGUUCGUCAAUAGAAAGAAGGUGCAUUCCAUCAACACCCAGGUUGUUUUUGAUGCAAAUUUUAACAUACUGGAUGUUGUUGCAAAGUGGCCUGGAGCUACCCAUGAUUCACGCUUUUUAACGGAGAGCGGUCUGAGGCAGCUUUUUGAGAGGCACCAUGUACCAGUUGGGUGUCACUUGCUGGGUGACAGUGGCUAUCCCUGCAAGACGUGGCUCUUGACACCCUACCUCAAUCCACAACCGGGAGCACAGUUAAUGUAUAACAUAGCACACAAACAUACACGAAAUGUUGUGGAGAGAGGAAUUGGGCAGAUGAAACGUCUGUUUCAUGUCCUCCACGGCGAAAUUGGCCUCACCCCAGAGAGGGCAAGCACAGUAAUCACUGUAUGUGCCAUUCUCCACAACCUCUGCAAGCGGAGGAACAUUCCACAGCCAGAAGAUGAUGACGAUGAUGAUGAUGGCGAUCAACAUGACGAGGAAUUUGGCCGCGUGGAACCGAGUGGACAGGCAUUUAGGGAUCACUUUGUGAAUACACAUUUUAGGUAAACACCUUGGCACAAAUCAGUCAACACACAUUUGUGUAGUUCAAAACAUUUAUUUUCUUUCAAUUUUUCCAUCUUAAGACAGUAAUAUUCAGUCUUCAUUUUUAUAAGCCGCUCUUUCGCUUUGAGGACCUUUCAUUGCCUUUUUAAAACCCUCAUUUCUUGUCCAACAGUAAACUGGCACCAGCAGCAGGAGGGAGAGGAGAGCCAGUGGGUGCACCAAGAGGGAGAGUUGGAAGAGGAAGAGCAGGGAGAGGAAGAGCUGUGAGAGGAGGUGCAGCUGGAAGAGGAAGGGCUAGGAGGGGGAGAAGAGGAAGAGCUGUCUGAUGUGAUGCUGCAGCUGCAGCAGGACUUUGUUCUUCAUUUCUCCUGUGGGGAAUAUAUGUAUAUAAUUUGUCACACAUUUUUGGGAAGUGGGUUGACCAGUUUCACAUUGUAAUUCUUCGGUAAAUAUUAAACAAAGGUUUUUCAUGGAGCCUAUUGCAAUCAUUGCAUACAUACCCCUCAAUCUCAUUUAGCAAAUCGACUGCAGGAUCAGCUGCACCCUCAAGGCCAGUUAUACUUAUGUCCGAGCCUAGGACGGCGUACACCACCGAUGCGACCGGGGACAACGGCUUUGGUGCAGGUCCUCCUCCUACCAAUUAAAUUAAUUAAUUAAUAAGUUUUAUUCACGUUUCAUAUCACUGUAGCCUUUAAUUGUAAAUUUAAGACAUGCAAAUGCAUUUCCCAAAUGAAGGCAAGCAAUGUUAAUAAUGGACUUACCAGUAGCCGCGACAGCUCUUAUAUAGUCGGCAAUCUCGAACCUACACUGUGAUUGCAGGGCAUACCAGCGUUUUUCGCAAUCGUCGGUAGAGCGACACACAGCAGGGAAGGAAUUGAUGUUACGCAAAUUUCUUCCCAUGCCUCCCGCUUCUUCUUGCUGGUCACUCCAGACCCGAAUCUACCCUUUAUUACCACCCUCCGCUCCAGCACAAACUGGGAAAGUAGUAGUAAUUGGUCUUGGGACCAAUUGGCCUUUCGCUUGCGUUUCACUUUUUCAUCAUCCAUCAUGAUAGGGGGACUUGAAUUCCGGUAUGGGCUUUUAUUUAAAGGAAAUAUGCUAAUUAGAUAAUAGUUUGCAGGGUGUUUUAAUUGCCUCCGUGAUUUAAUGCAACGUAUUUUUAUUGUUUGCUUUCUCUCUAUUGAACGUGCAGGCUACAACGUCAUUAUCGUGGUCUGCACAAACUUGUCAUCAUGCGUGUAUUCUGCUAACUGCACUAUAACUACUUAAUAGGAACUCAUUUCUAGCCUAGGCUAUUUCCUUGUUUUUCGGUGAUUCAGUGGGCUCGUCUGAACAACCAAUCACCGCACUGACCGCUUCUAAACUCGUGCACGAGAAUUGACGUAAUCCAUAGCAACGGCUUUGUGAAUAACUUAAGAAAAAACUCGUACGUAAAAUGUUUUAGCGAGAGUUAGGAGCACUCCUAGCGGUAAGAUAAAAUGCUUUGUGAAUACGGCCCCUGAUGGUUCAAAAGCAGACAUGGGAAAUGCAGUCCAGGAAGCAAGACAAUCUAUGGAUACGCUCAAUAUAUUAUACACUCCAAUCAAAUAAUUCCAUUUACCCAUUUAUCCAAGUC